ACCGCCCCGCCCGUGGAGCAAUGAGGCGGCCGUGUCCGAGUCACGUGAGGGCGCUCCCCCGCCGGCGGGGGGGGCGCGGGGCGGACGUGGACAGUUCCCACAAUGCCUGGCGGCAGGCGGCUGCUCCGCUCCGGUAGCUCAACAUGAACUUUAACGAUCAAGAUCACUUAAAAAGUGAACAGAACAAUAUUUUUCCUUCUGAGAGCUGGCAACAGGAUUCUGAGUUUCUCCUGCACUGCUGUUCUGUUUGUUACCUUUUCCUGGAACAGGACAUGGAGCUAUGUUCCUUUCUUCAUGUUAGGUGCUAAGGAAGUUAUUUGCUUCUUCAGAGGAGAUGCAUAUCCAUGAAAUUACAUUUUGUGCAAGUUGUCGGUAACUCUGUUGGCAAUGUCUAUGAUUUUAUCUGCCUCCGUGGUCCGCGUGAGGGAUGGACUCCCACUGUCUGCUUCUACCGAUUAUGACCAGAGCACGGGCAUGCAGGAAUGUAGAAAAUACUUUAAAAUGCUCUCAAAGAAAUUAUCUCAGCUUCCUGAUAGGUGUACUCUGAAAACUGGGCAAUAUAAUAUAAACUUUAUAAGUUCUCUGGGAGUAAGCUACAUGAUGUUGUGCACUGAAAAUUAUCCCAGUGUCCUGGCUUUCUGCUUCCUGGAUGAGCUUCAGAAGGAGUUCAUCACUACCUACAAUAUGAUGAAGACAAAUACUGCUGUCAGACCGUACUGUUUUAUAGAGUUUGAUAAUUUCAUUCAGAGGACCAAACAGAGAUAUAACAACACACGUUCUUUGUCAACAAAGAUGAAUCUUGCUGACAUGCAGACAGAGAUCAAACUGAGACCACCUUAUCAAAUCUCCGUGUCAGAACUUGGCUCAGCUAAUGGGUUCGCACAUUUAUCUGUGGCAGAAUACAAGGGUGCUGGUAAGAUAUCUGCAGCUCCACAUCAGCGUCUGGAACCUGUGACUCUGCCAGGGAUUGUCUCAUUUGUUCUUAGUUUGUUAUGUGGGGCUUUGAAUUUAAUUCGUGGCUUUCAUGCCAUAGAAAGUCUUCUCCAGAAUGAAGGUGAAGAUUUCAGCUACGUUAUUGCAUUUUUUCUUGGAACAGCAGCCUGUUUGUACCAGUGUUACCUGUUUGUAUACUACACGGGCUGGAGGAAUGCCAAAUCCUUCCUGAAUUUUGGGUUAAUUUGCCUGUGUAACAUGUACCUGUAUGAACUGCGCAACCUGUGGCAGCUCUUCUUUCACGUGACUGUGGGAGCGUUUUCUACCUUACAAAUUCGACUGCGACAACCACAGGGCAAGUCCCCUGAUUACAAUGUCUGACAAGUCCUGGAACGUUUAGCAGCGGUCUUGUUCCAACAGUUAUCCACUCUCAGGAAUGUAAAGCUGUUCUCCAAAAGAAGAAGCUGUCUGGUCUCGAUGGGGCUUUUUGGGUUUUUUGUGUUCUCUCUCCCUCCACCCCCCCCCUUUUUUUUUUUUAAAUAAAGCAAUGUAAGAUGCCUAUGGACAUUUUUUGCUUAAUGGUUAAACUUUUUUCUUUUUUAAAGAACUGAGGACACACAACAAUCCGGGACUAGAGGAGGAAAACGGAUCAUAUCCAUGCAGUGAAAUGUAUGUAGGGACACCAAGAUCGGGGAAUUUGACUGGUGGCACAAAAUAGCUUCAUUUGAAAGUAUGGAAGGAAUGUACAGAAUAAGUCUUCUGCAUAUCAUGCAAGCUGUUCACUUCCAAAAUCAGUUUUGCCUUUGUGAGGCAGUAGAGGAUAGGCUAAAUAAAUAAUAACAAUAAUAAUAAUGCUGUUGCAUAUUAGCAAAGUAGAUUUGGAACAUGUAAGAUGUUAAAUUUUGGAAUGUUUGUUUCACGUUGACAUAUAUGUGAAUGUUUUCUUAAUUAAAAUGUAACCUGGAAACUCGA